AAGUUGAUUGAUAUGCAGUGGAAGCUAUCCUUCGCAACAUCUUCAAAUCGAUGUCCUAAUAUGAAUACCCCACUGGUUACAGUUAUGUUAACAAUUGCUCUUCCAAGUGGUUCAACAAGAAAAAAAUACUUGCAGUUAGAGCUAUCAGAGUUUAAGAACUUUGCUGGCCGUAUCAAGGAAAUUGCGUCUAUGAUUGAGAAUGUGUAG